AUGCUUGAACUGAUGAGCUGGAGUGAAAUUAUAGACAAUCUCAAACAAGAAGGACAGUUGAAGCUGGCCGCCGUCUUUGACUUAAGCGGAAACAAGAUUGCAAAUACUGGUGAAACGUUGAUCACAAGCGAAGAUGCUGUAUUCAUUCUGAAAUCGCUGGACAACGUUACCACUGUUAUUUUUGGGCUUGUUCUUCUGGGGUCCACUUACGUCUGUAUCAGUGUAGACGCCAAUACUUUAAUUGGGCAAGCAAAAGAGGAAAUAUUUGUUGCUCGCCGCAACCGGAACUUGAUGAUAUGUGCAGUGUCAAAUCCAAAAUCUAAUAUUUCUUGUUUAGCCACAGUGAAGAAAUUUAUGGACAAGUUCAAAUAA